AGUCUUUAUUUGAGUUUAUUUAAUACCAGCAUUACAAUGAGUUCAUUAUCUGGACAGAAAAACAAAUUUGGUUUGGUUGUCAACAAUUUUUUCAACAAUAUUCAAAACAGGAUUUCUGAGUAGUCAAGUUUUGAGUCCUCUAACACAGUGGAUGUGGAUUAAAACCAGUAAAUGAAGACUGCAUGUUUUCAUACUGUAAACAUUUAUUAAGCUGGACAGAGAAUAACCUAUUUAAAUGAAGACCUACAUGUUUACAUAUAUUAUGCAUUCUCGAGUAAACAACAAUACAUAUAGAGGCAAAAAGCUCUAGUUUUCAUUAAACAUCGUGCAGGACUUGCAGAAGUAAUUGCACCAUAGCAGCGUUUCGGGGGCAGCGUCAUGUUUGGUGACUGCAAUGCCUUUCUACGGGCGAUGGGCGUUUCUGGACGCAGAUGGCGCUGUUGAGCAUAUAUUUUGUUUCAGUCCCGUUUCCCUCCAUGGUUGUCUCCUCUCUCCGACUAACUUAGCGUUGGCUCAGUUCAUUAUACAGUCCUAUAUUCUCCCUCCAUUAGGGCAUCUCUCGCCUUUGGACUGAAGAUCCCAGCAAAACCCGAGAGAGAAAAGUUUAACUUUCACAGGGCAGGAUGGACAUGAAAAAGAGGAUCCACUUGGAGCUAAGAAACCGGACACCGUCUGAUGUGAGUCGUGCUUUUUAAAACCAACCCUUAGUUUUCUGGCUAGCCUUUGCUAGCUAGCCUGCUACUUUUUCUGCUUUGCGAGUGACCUGUGUGGCUAACGUAAUGGUGACCACAUGGGCUUUAGAGAAUGUUUCUCAUUUAUAACCGGCUGAAAAACACUCGCACAGCAAGGCUUGACCAUCCAACGUGCUCGGCAAUGGGCGUAUAAGGACAACGAAAUGAGAAAAGCUCUAUUGAAUCGUUACUUUUCAGACGGCGGUCCCCUGCUUGUUGGCAUUAUUGCAGUGCUUUAACCGUUUCGCAGCCUCCCCGGUCAGCGGUGCACACACGGUUCGGCUCGACUCCACCGUGGUGCCACAAUUAACAAACUUCUUUUUAGGGGGAGAACACGGGCGAAUGCGACUCCGGUGCCGCGUUUGGCAUCCACAGAGCGGUACAUUCUACACAGACCUUGUGGAAGCCAUGUUUGCUGCUAGCAUAACUGCUAAACUGCUCUCUUUUAUUUUAAUAUCGGCACGGAUGCACUUUACAACUUAGGCGUUCGUGCUGGACGAGUUUUGUAACGUGUAAACGAAGCUGCGAUGGAAAUGUGCGUAGAUCACAGUAUUAGUGGGGGCGGUUGAGCAGCGACAACAAAAAAAGCACUUGGCUACUUGGUUGAUCCAUACAUCAAGCCACGGUUACUCCAGCCUCCGCGGCUCGCGUCCCCGCUAGCUACAGCCAACAGCCUCUUAUUGCUCUUACCGUGGUGCGUUUGGAGCCAUGUUUGAGCUGCUGGAAGUUUUUAAAGGGAGUGUGCAGCUGUUGGUGCCUUAAAAUUAGCCGCACACUUGUCCAGUAGCCACGUUCGCGUUUCACACCCCGACACCCGCGCUGCUCUAACUUUAAAUGUUGUUUGGGAGUUUAAUGAAAACCUGGUAGAAAUCAUCCCGAUCGCUAACUUGGUGUUUUUUUUUUGUUCCCGCCAUAUUACCCCAGUCGCUACAGCGGGCAAAGACAAUAAAAAUGUACCCAGUUCUGCGCUUUAAAGCGUCUCAUAAUUAAUGGAAUUAUCCGCUAAAGCUCACAAACGUUAUUUGCUACUAAACGGGUCGAUUCGCGGACUAGCGGCUCCAGGAGCCGAGCCAGCCCGCAUCAACGACACGGACACCCGUACGCCGCGCUUCAUGCGUGGGCAGCCAAAAACUCGACGCUCGGCUCUUCCUCUCGGCUCAUGCAUGGAAAAAAAAACAUUUCACAUUGAACACCUAGUAUAGGUAAAUGUGUAAGUAGCGAUAAUUACUCUUUACACACUGCAGUUUUCGCCAUUGGAGUGUUCGGAGAACUGCAUACUGUGUCUCAGGAAGCGCCAUGUUGUCAUUCUGUCGUCUUUGAAGGUCUGGGAGAGAGGAACAGUCUCCAUCUUUGUUUCUACUAAAUUUCCGUUCUCAAUAUAUUUCCUUCGACCUGAAAACGACGUAGCGCCCUGUAACAGACUGUCAAUGUCGGCGGUUCGCCCGACGACGAGGAAUACUCCAGUUCCCCCCGUGAAAGCUGGUUUAUGGACGAAAGUACGAGAACUUGUCCUUGACAACUGUCGAUCUGUUGAAGGGAAAAUCGAAGGCCUCACAGCUGAGUUUGUCAACCUGGAGUUCCUCAGUUUGAUAAAUGUUGGCUUAAUCACCGUCUCCAAUCUGCCCAAACUAGGAAAACUUAAAAAGCUGGAGUUGAGCGACAACAGAAUCAGUGGUGGCCUUGAUGUUUUAGCAGAGAAACUUCCCAACCUCACACAUCUAAACUUGAGUGGCAACAAAUUGAAAGACAUCAGCACGUUGGAACCAUUGAAAAAGCUGGAUAACCUGAAGAGUUUGGACUUGUUCAACUGUGAAGUGACAAACCUGAAUGACUACAGAGAGAGUGUGUUCAAGCUGCUGCCCCAGCUCACCUACCUGGAUGGCUAUGACAUCGAGGACAGGGAGGCCUCUGACUCCGAUGGCGAGGUGGAUGGUGAUGGUGUAGAUGAUGAUGAAGAUGAAGAGGGAGAGGAGGAAGAAGAUGAGGAUGGAGAGGAAGAGGACUUUGAUGAAGAGGAUGAGGAAGAUGAAGAGGAGGUAGAAGGAGAAGAUGAUGAUGAUGAGGUCAGCGGAGAAGAUGAGGAGGAAGAUUUUGGACAGGGUGGAGAAGUAGAUGAAGAGGACGAUGAUGAGGAUGAGGACGAGGAUGAAGAUGCGGAGACCGGCAGAGGCGAGAAGAGAAAGCGAGCCCAUGAUGAUGAAGAUGAGGAUGACGACGACGAAGACGACGAUUAGAAGCAAAACUGAAAAUGAGAGCCUACCGAGUUACCUUUUCUCCACCACAAAACCGAACAUCCGCCCUCCUACAACUUGCACCGCCUUUGUAGUCCAUGUCAAACUCCCCCUCCCCCCCAGCCCUGAGCUCUAUUAAUGGGGCAAGACAGUACCGGAUGGGUGGGCCGAGUGGAGCUGCCCCCCAUCCCAACCCCCCCCUUUUUUCUCCCCUACGGAACUGAGAGCCACCCAGCGCCCUCCACCCCACGGCCCCCCAAGGUUCUCAGGCAGCCCACCACUCAGCAUUCCACAGUUUCACUGUCGACCGACCCCUCUUUGUGUAUUCCUGUGUGAGGACUUUGGGACUGGUAUCUAGUUUUGGGUCUGUGCUUUUAAUAUUUUGUUGGAUGAAUUUUUUUUGUUGUUGGGUUAUUUCUCAUUUUUUUUUUGUCUUUUUGUUUUCCUGUUCCUUAUUUUUCCCAAUAAAAUUAUUGCUAUAGCAGCUGUGCAACCAGCGAGCCAUGGUUUUUAGGGUGGCUGCCUGUUGCACAAAUCAAGGUUGUAGCUACAUUUUUACUUUCUGUAUGACAAAAAACAACUUUGUAAAUAAAAUGUUAACAUUU